ACACGGCGAGGAUAAAGCAAGAUGGCGUCUGACGGUGAAGACGUUAUUGCAGUCGUCACAGUUCAGUGUUCUUAAUCUGUGCCUCCAUGUGCACAUAUAUGUCCUUUAUUACACUCUAGUAAAUAGAGUAAACAUCGUUAAUAACUGUUUGCAUCCGGUUAUAUUAGUCUGAGCGCACUUUGAUGCUUCUCGAGCUAGCUUAGCCUGCUAGUUAGCUUAGCUUGUUAGCUGCUAACAAAGAGAGGCGGAAGUGAUCAAAACACAUCACUAAGUAGAGAUCAAAUGUGAGUGUAAAGUGUUGUGAUUGUGUGAAAAUGUGCCAAAGAACCAUAGCAGAGUACAAAGAGGAGCUUUGUCCAACAAAAGAGCAGAAGGAGCGACAACAUGAAAAACCUCAAGUUGUGUAACACAGAACAGUCACCGGGGGAAUAUUCCAGAGAGCUGGUUAAGCGCAAAGUCCUGAGUAUGCAAAGCUCGAGAGUUUUAUCUCCAAAAACAAGAGAGCAUGAUCUGGCACCUGCCCAAAGUGCCAAAACCACCAGUAACUGGUGUAUUGACCAUGGCAUUACUGUCCAACUCCCCUGACCUGAACCCCGUAGAGAAUUUGUGGGGUAUUGUGAAGAAGAAGAAGCUGAGAGACACCAGACCCAAUAAUACAAAUGAGACAUCCAUCAGCUGAUGGAACACCAAGAAGAAUGUCUCCCUCAUCUGCAGGGGGACAGUUUCACACAUCCACAGCCCCCCUAUUUUAAAGAGGAAGAGGAGGGAGAGUGUCCUGUAGGGCAGGAGGAGGCUGAUGUCAGCAAGUUUCCACUGACUGUUGUCUCUGUGAAGACUGAAGAGCAUGAAGACAAACCACCUGAGUCCUCACAGCUUCAUCACAGUCCAAAUGUCCAGCAGCCCCCUCACAUUAAAGAGGAAGAGGAGGAUCCACAGCCCCCGCACAUUAAAGAGGAAGAGAAGGAUCCACAGCCCCCUCACAUAAAAAAGGAAGAGGAGGAUCCACAGCCCCCCCACAUGAAAGAGGAAGAGGAGGAAGUGUGGAUCAGUCAGGAAGGAGAGUGUCCUGUAGGGCAGGAGGAGGCUGAUGUCAGCAAGUUUCCACUGACUGUUGUCUCUGUGAAGACUGAAGAGCAUGAAGACAAACCACCUGAGUCCUCACAGCUUCAUCACAGUCCAAACGUCCAGCAGGUGUCAGCAGAGAGUCAUGAAGAGAUUCCCUCCAAGCAGCAGGAGUGGAGCUCCAGUGUGGGACAGAAGGAGCUACAGGCCCCCUCCCACAUUAAAGAGGAAGAGGAGGAACUGUGGGAUCAGCUUCAAAGGUUGGAGGAGGCUAAUGAUGAAGAUGAAGCUCAGUCCUUACAGCUUCAUCACAGUCAAAGUGAGGAGAACAGAGGGGCGGAGCUUGUAAGUCAACACAUCACAGAAGCUGAUGGAGAGCAUUGUGAACAUAUAAAGUCAGAACCAGACAGCAUCUUUGCUCCACUGUCAGACAUGGACCACAUGAUGUCACACUCUUCUGAUCACAGUGACCACAUCCAAAAACCUUUGGAGAGUAAAAAUGACUCUAAAGGUGAUACGAGACAUCACACUAACAACAAACACUUGGACUGCUCUGAAUGUGGGAAAUCAUUUAGAUGGAAGAGUCUUUUUACAGUACACAUGAGAACACAUACUGGAGAGAAACCUUUUACUUGCUCUGUUUGUAAGAAGAGUUUCUCCUUAAAGCAACGCUUGACCAGACACAUGAGAGCACACACUGGAGAGAAUCCUUUUACUUGCUCUGUUUGUAAGAAGAGUUUCUCCGUUAAGCCUGCCAUGACCAGACACAUGAGAACACACACUGGAGAGAAACUUUUUACUUGCUCUGUUUGUAAGAAGAAUUUCUCCAGAAAGUCUAACAUAACCGAACACAUGAGAACACAUACUGGAGAGAAACCUUUUACUUGCUCUGUUUGUAAGAAGCGUUUCUCCACAAAGCAACAUAUGAUCACACACAUGAGAACACAUACUGGAGAGAAACCUUUUACUUGCUCUGUUUGUAAGAAGUGUUUCUCCAGAAAGCCUGACAUCUCCAUACACAUGAGAACACACACUGGAGAGAAACCUUUUACAUGCUCUGUUUGUAAGAACAGUUUCUCCACAAAGUCUAACAUGUCCUCACAUAUGAGAACACAUACUGGAGAGAAAAAUUUUACUUGCUUUGUUUGUAAGAAGACUUUCUCCACAAAGCCUAAGAUGUCCGCACACAUGAGAACACAUACUGGAGAGAAACCCUUUACUUGCCCUGUUUGUAAGAAGCAUUUCUCCACAAAGCUUGCCAUGACCAGACACAUGAGAACACACACUAGAGCGAAACAAUUUAGUUGCAAUGAGGAGGAAGUGUGGAUCAGUCAGGAGGGAGAGUGUCCUGUAGGGCAGGAGGAGGCUGAUGUCAGCAAGUUUCCACUGACUGUUGUCUCUGUGAAGACUGAAGAGCAUGAAGACAAACCACCUGAGUCCUCACAGCUUCAUCACAGUCCAAACGUCCAGCAGGUGUCAGCAGAGAGUCAUGAAGAGAUUCCCUCCAAGCAGCAGGAGUGGAGCUCCAGUGUGGGACAGAAGAAGCUCGAGCCCACUCAUAUAGAGGAAGAAGAGGAACUGUGGGAGCAGCUUCCAAGGUUGGAGGGGGUUAAUGACGAAGAUGAUAUAAAGUCAGAACCAGACAGCAUCUUUGCUCCACUGUCAGACAUGGACCACAUGAUGUCAGACUCUUCUGAUCACAGUGACCACAUCCAAAAACCUUUGAAGAGUAAAAAUGACUCUGAAGGUGAUACGAGACAUCAAAAUAACAGCAAACACUUUGACUGCUCUGAAUGUGAAAAAUCUUUUAGACAUAAGAGUAAUUUUACAGUACACAUGAGAACACAUACUGGAGAGAAACCUUAUACUUGCCCUGUUUGUAAGAAGAGUUUCUCCAGAAAGCAAUACAUGACCACACACAUGACAAUACAUACUGGAGAGAAACCUUUUACUUGCUCUGUUUGUAAAAAGAGUUUCCCCAGAAAGAAUGACAUGACCACACACAUGAGAACACAUACUGGAGAGAAACCUUUUGCUUGCUCAAUUUGUGCUAAAAGAUUCAACGCUAAGAGUAUCAUGACAUUACACAUGAAAAUACACACAGGUGAGAAACCUUUCACUUGCUCUGUCUGUAAGAAGAGCUUCAUCAGAAAGCAUCACAUGACCACACACAUGAGAACACACACUGGAGAGAAACCUUUUACUUGCUCUGUCUGUAAGAAGAGUUUCUCCAUGAAGCCUGACAUGACCACACACAUGAGAAUACAUACUGGAGAAAAACCUUUUACUUGCUCUGUUUGUAAGAAGAGUUUCUCCACAAAGCGUAACAUGACCACACACAUGAGAACACACACUGGAGAGAAACCUUUUAUUUGCUCUGUUUGUAAGAAGAGUUUCUCCAGAUGGCAACACAUGACCACACACAUGAGGACACACACUGGUGAGAAACCUUUUCCUUGCUCUGUUUGUAAGAAGAGUUUCUCCAUGAAGCCUGACAUGACCACACACAUGAGAAUACAUACUGGAGAAAAACCUUUUACUUGCCCUGUUUGUAAGAAGAGUUUCUCCAGAAAGCAAUGUGUGACCAAACACAUGAGAACACACAAGCUGUUAUCUCCUGUGUUUUAUAAAUGUCCAUUGUGAUUUCCAUCCAUUUCUUCAAAGUUGGGCUCUCCUGUAAUAUCCAUUUCCUGGUAAUGCUCUUUUUACAAACCACUAGUAGGAUAUUCAUGAAGUAUUUCUCCUUUUUCAGCCAAUCCUGAGGUGCGAUGUGUGAAAAACAGGAUGUUACUUUCAAGGGGUGAUUUGAAAAUAUCCUGUAGAGCUUGGUGUAUCUCUUUCCAAUAGUCCUUUAUGGCAGAGCAGUCCCAGAAAACAUGCUAGUGGUUUGCCUUUAGAUUCCCACAAUUUGUCCAACAGGCAGGGGAGUUGUUAUCAUACUGAGACUUCUGAGAAGGUGGAAUAAAACUUUCCCAGCCAAACUCUCCACUUGGGUGAGCUGCUACAAGUCCAUUGAUAUCUCCUUUUUAUUGUCCAUUCUUCCUCAGAUAUAGUUAUCCCUCCUUCCUUCUCCCAUUUUGUUUUAACAUAUGAAGUUAAAUAUGAUUUCCUAUACAAACAUGAAACACUUCUAUCAAUAGUUUCUGAAUUAUAUGCUUUUGUAAAUAGUUCAAUGAAACAAAUGCUUGUCUUUGUUACAUUUUUCACCUUCAUAUUAACAAAAUGCUGCAACUGCAGAUAUCGAUAGAAGUCUUGUUUUUUUUUUUUAAAUGUGUCCUUUUAAAGGGGAACAUUAUCACAAU